CCAGCUAAGAAACGAUGUCAGUCAAAUGAAGAGGAUAUUAGAGAAUUUAAGGAAUACUGGACUGAAAAGUUUGGCAUGAUUAAGAACGAUGAUAAAGCUUUAUGCAUUUUCUGUUCUGACUCAGUUGUUUGUAGAACUUCUUCUGUAAAGAGACAUUUUGAAAAUGUUCAUAAGAACUUAAGCAAUAAAACUGAGGAGGAACAAAGAGAAUUAAUUUCUCGUGAACUGAGCAAGACAAAAACACAAGCUGAAACUUUUAUGAAUUAUAUUUCAGGUAGGCCCAGUUCCAACUUAGUUGCUGCUAGUUUUGAAGUUUCAAAAGUUAUUGCCCAACACGGAAAGCCUCUCUGUGAUGGGGAGUAUAUUAAAGAAGCUUGGCUAGAAUGUCCACCUUUUCUUUUUGACAACUUUUCAGAAAAGAAAAAGAUUAUUCAGCGCAUUAAAGAUUUGCCUGUGAGUAGGAAAACAGUUAAGGAUAGGAUACUUAAGUUGAAAAGAAAUACAGAUGAACAAUUGACAAAAUAUUUGUCUUCAUGCAAGUUUUUUUCUAUUUGUGUUGAUGAAAGUAGAGACAUUACAUCAUCAGCUAGGCUAGCCAUAUAUUCUAGAUUUUGUAGGGGUGAUGAAGUAUGUGAAGAGAUGGUUGCUCUUGCAUCACUACCUGACCGUACUAUCGGGGCUGAAAUAUGUAAAACAGUUGUGAACGAAUUCUCUACUCGGCAAAUUGACAUUUCAAAAGUAGUAUCCGUCACAACAGAUGGUGCCCCAAACAUGACUGGUGAGAAGGCAGGAGUUGUAAAUCUGUUUACAAAAAGUGUUGGUCAUCCACUGAUUGGCUUCCAUUGCAUCAUACAUGAGGAGGCUUUAUGUGCAAAAGCUGGCCUAAAGGAACUGCAAGAAGUGAUGCAAACAGUUACCAAGGUUGUUAAUUACAUUUGUGGUCGGCCUUUAAAUAAAAGACAAUUUCAAACUCUACUGGAUGAGGGAGAAUCUGUGUAUAAAGGACUGAAAAUGUACAACCAUAGGUACAUCAGUGAUCUAAAAGAUGACAGAACAGACCACAAAUGUCUUCAAAAGUUGUUUGUAAACAUUAUAGAGUCAACAGUUCGGCAGUUCUCUACAAGAUUUGCCAAAUUCAGAGAACUGGAAGACACAGUAAAGUUCAUCAAGUUUCCAGACAGCUUCAAAAUGGAUGAACUAAACUUGCAAAUGUUUUCAUGGAUAGAUAUGGAUGAUUUUGAGAUGCAGUUGAUUGAGUUUCAGAGUAGCUUAAUUUGGAAGCAGAAAUUUGUUGACCUUAGAGUUGACUUGGAAAAUAUUGAAAGAGAGAGAUUAGAGAUGAAAGUAACAAAGAGAAAUGCGGAAAACGAAGUAUUAAGGACUUGGAAUACUAUUCCAAAAAAUUAUGUCUGUUUAAAAAACCUUGCAACAGCAUUGCUAACCAUGUUUUCGUCUACAUAUGCUUGCGAAUCUUUGUUCUUAAUUAUGAACUUUGUUAAGUCUCGUAACAGGAGUAGCAUGACAGAUGAAACUAGCGCUGCAUGCAUAUCUCUCAAUGUUACUAAAUAUAAACCCGAUGUAAAAUCUCCGUCAUCAGUUAUGCAGCAGCAGAAGUCUCACUGA